AUCGCCAGGCGAGCUCAGGUAUCCCUUUCCCCUGGAAACUGUAGUUGCACCCCGACAUCACCAGUUGCAAGUCUCUGCUUCUAGGUUUCCACUGCAAGGAUCUUAACUACAAGGAGUGAUCACCAUACCCUAGCAAUGGAUUCCCAUUACCAAGCUGUUCAUUUUGAUGAUAAUGCAGCAGUGGAAGUUAGUACUCAAAAAAUAUUUUUUGCAGUACUAAGCAGUUUUUUAAUUGCGUUCCUGAUUCAUUUAACUUACCGUUUACAACAUACCAGAGCAUCACGUGACAAUAGGGAAGUGUGCACAGAUCAAGAAGACUCUGGUAUAGCCAGCUCCCAACAUGAACCUGAAGAUAGUUUCCAGCCAGGGGACCCAGUAUCAGUGGAGUAUGGGCUGAAUAGUGUCCUUUUUGAUGUCUGGCAAGCAACAUUAUUACCUAUGCUGUCAGUUGCGGAUAUCUUUCAGCUGUUGGGCGCGAGCAGACGACUCAGGGAGAUGCUGUUGAAUGAAUACACGUUCAAACGGAUAUGUCAGCAUCGCUACCAGCUGAGUGUUGAUUUGGGCGUGGAAUAUAUGUCAACAGCUAAACAUCUCUUUAUUGCCCACAGCGUGGCUAGCCUGGAUGUGUUCGAUGACAUCACUAAUCGCUGCAAGAUAUGCCGUCGGCCUCAGAAACCUGACCCGAACUCUGCUAUCGAACAUAGCGUCAGAAAGCGAUUGAUUGUGCAGCUAUCAUGCUUAGCGUUGUUGCCGCCUAAAACAUUUGGUCAAGCUCCUGAAUUGAGUAUUUUUGGUUCAUUGAUGCCACACCUAGGGGAUCUAUAUCUGUCCGGCGAAGAAGCAAGUUCAUUUCUCCCGAACCUUUCCUCCGAUAAUAUCGGGAAUGACUUGAACCCGCUCGGAAUUGCUCUCUCAUUUGAAGUGAGAUUGUACAGACUAGCGGAUGUGGUGAAGUGGUGGUUCCAGCGUUUCCAAUCCAUUGAAAAGUACCAGAAAGCCAUCUUGAACAGAAUAGAGCAAGAACUUGAAGAGGCGGUUUCACACAUGCCUUGCAAAAACCUUUACAGACGGCUUGUUGAGUUUUCUGAAUGCUUUCACGGCGCUUCAAAGAGAAAUGCACGCCUCUUGCCAUCCCUGGCAAAGGAUAUGCAGAUCUUUAGUAUACCUCGGUUCCCUAUUACCGGAUGGGCCUAUAACCCCUACUACGUUUGGGAAAACAUGUACGACCUUAAAGGGCCUCCGAUUGAUGACCUGUGCGCCAGCGAUAUGUGGAUUAAUGCAACCAUUAAAAUGGCACCUUACCAUUCGGUUUUACUGUUCCUAAUCAAUGGAUCGAUACGGACGUCGCGAGUAGAGGAUUACUUCAUCGCCAUCAUGGAGUACGAAGAGUACUGGGAAAGUCUUCCCCAUUCCAGGCGACCAAGUCGUGCAGCUCUACAUAUUGGAUUGGGAGACUAUCUGCUCUCGUUAGAACCAGAAUCGAAUCUUCAAAAGGAACUGAACAACGUGGACCUAUACAACGCAAUGUUGCAGUUUGGCCAUGAACUUGUUCCAAAAGAAUCCUACAGCCUAUUGCAGAGGUUCUCCACACUACUACUAUCGGUUUUCGGUUCAGUUCUGUUAUUUUUAAAUACUACCAUAGCCUGAGAAUCGAAGCUGAAAGUGCUCAACCCACACGUGUCUCAGACCCCGUCUUAUUGUUAAUGGCAUCUAUGUUUUCGCUUUUUCUUCAUCAGCACUGUAUGUUAUUCAUCACCUAUUUAAAUUCAGUCAAAACUUUCUUAACCGCAGUUGCCGCACACAUCUGUUUUCCACGACAUUAUUCGG